AUGCGCUGGCUUUGGCCAACUAUAUUCUUAUCUCUGGCUUGGUGCCAACAACAAAGAAUCGUUGAAGGACCAAAAGAUACACUGGCUUCUAUCGGAGAUACUGUAGUUUUAACAUGCCGUGUUGAAAAUCAGGUUAGCUUUUUUUCUUAUUGAAAAUCAAAAUCUGGAAAAACAAGAAUUUGAAAUGAGUCGAAAAAUGCCUCUGUGGUCCAGGUGGUUUUAAUGAUGUUCUAAAUGAGAUCCGGGAUUUUAUGAGUUUUUUUUUUUGCUGUGAAGAAAUUGAAGAAAGCAAAAAAAACGAGGUUACAUUUGUUUGUGAAUUCGGGAAAAUAAAAUGAUUGCGGAGGAGUGGGAACAUCACAAAAAUUAUAUUAUUUUUUCAGCAAGGACCCGUUCAAUGGAUGAAAGAUGAUUUUGGUUUGGGAACUGAAAGGGAUAAACCACUUCCAGGGAACAAGAGAUAUCGAAUGGUUGGAAGUUCGGCGAAUGGGGAAUAUAAUUUACAGGUAAAUUUUGGAACUAGAUAUCUGGAGUGGGGGCUUGUAUUCAAGUCGACCUAAAAAUUAUUCAAAUAUACCUGUAACCUAAAAUUGUUUUUCUUAAAAUUCAGUCAGAAAAUGUCCCCCUCUCUGUGUGAAAUCUUGAGCAAAUAUCAAAGUUCCAAAUUUCAGAUUGAAAAUGUUACUCUUCGAGACGACGACGACUUUGCUUGCCAAAUCUCCGAAUCGGAUAAUGCAAAAGCAGUUGUUUCCGGAAAAUCCAAAUUAACUGUCUUGGGUAAGUACUUCAAAACGCAAAAUCCAAUUUCUGCUAACCAAUCCUCACCAUAUUAAAAUAAAUAUGAUGAGGAUGAUGAUAUAUAUUUAUUUCGCGCGUUUAAAACCAAUUAGUCUCGGCGGUUCUCGUUCAAGUGGCUGUGCAAUGGGUGCACCCAACCAACAACCACCAGCCUGUCAACACCAAUUUAUCUUGUCGUUUGGUAUUUGGUGGAUGAAUUGGCAGCUGCUUUCAAGAGAAAAUGAGAGAACGCGAACGCGGGAUAAUAAUAAUCGUAAUAAUAAAAAAUAAGAUGGGUGUCAAAAACAAAACCGCCAAUUGUCGUCAUCAUCUUCGAGAACAACAAGUUUUUGAGGGAAAAUAUGAGAUUUGAGAAAAAAAAAUUGCUCAAAAAUAGAUAGGAUAGGGUUAAAAAAAAAAUGAAAAACAUUUGAUUAUAGUUCAAAAAUGUUUCAGAAUGUUUACUGUAAAAAAAAUUAUUUAGCAAUUCUAGAUGUAAAUCUGUUCGUAACAAGUUCUCGAGCCUCAGUUUCAUUAAAAAUUUGAAAAAUCAUUUUUCUAGUUUCUCAAUUUUCAGUUCAACCUAUUAACCUUAACUGAACCUGAAACACGAUUUUUCAAAUCUAAACUUUUUUCAGUCCGCCCAACACCACCAAAAAUCACAAAAACCCACCAUACAAUCAAUGCAAUUGCUCGUGAAACAAUAACCCAAACCUGCGUUUCAAGAAAAGGAAAACCGCCACCGGCAAUUGGUUGGGCUAUUUCAUCUGAUGAAAAUGGGAAAAACAUUAUUGCCUGGCUCGGUGAAUCAAAAUCUAAAUUUGGAGGUGUUUACAGUAAGUUUCAUUCAAUUUUUCGGAAUCUUAUAUUACAUAGUUGUAUUUCACGAACAAUUCUUUUGCAGAAACCACCGAGAUUACUCAAGACACAAUAAUUGCUCAUGUUAACGAAACUACACAAAUCGAAGUGACAGGUCAUUCAAGUCGUGAAGACACUAAUAUUUAUAGUAUUAUGAGCAAUUUAACGUGAGUUUUGGCUACCGAGAAGCAAAAAAAUAACAAAAAAAAAAGAAAACUUUUCCAGAUUCAUUCCUCGACCUCAACACGAUAAUAAAUAUUUGGUAUGCAUUAGUCAACAUAUGACAUUCCCAAACAAAGUUGAGAUUGACACUGUCAAACUUGCACUAACCUAUGCACCACAAGUUAAUAUAACUGUUGCGUCAAAACAACCUCUUCGAGAAAACGGAUCAGCAUUGCUGGCUUGUAAUGUUGAUGCAAAACCAUUAGAAGGUGUUAAGAUUUCUUGGUAUCGUGGAGAUCAGAAAUUGAGAGAAACUGGAGAUACUUUGGCAUUCGAAACAUUGAAAAUGGAAGAUCAUAAUCGAGAAUAUUUUUGUGAAGCUACAAAUCAAAUUGGAACCACAAGAGGAAGCAUUAAACUCAAUGUUGCUUGUAAGUUUCUGAAAAAUAUAAAUGUGAACAAAAAAAUACAAUCCUGAAUUUUCAGUUGCUCCUCGAAUUAUGUCAACUGCUCAAGAUAAAGAGGUGAAUGAAGCUGACGACGCGUUCUUCCAUUGCGCAACACUUUCAAAUCCAAAAGCCACAAUUUUCUGGACUCGCGCUGAUAGCGAUACAAUUAUCACACAUGGUGAAAAUAUGACAUUGGAAAGUGUUCGCUCUUGGCAACAAGGAGCAUAUAAUUGUACAGCUUCUGUUGAUGGUUUCAAACGAGUUACUCUUUCGCAUUAUUUACAUAUCCGUGGACCAUCUACAGUCACAAUGCGGGAGGAAAUGAUUAGUUCACUUGAUGAAUCUGUUGAAAUUAUUUGUGGAGUUAGUGGUCGACCAACAACGAAUAAUAUCAAAUGGAGUCAUAAUGGAAGAGAGAUCAAUUUCAACAAUGGAAGAAUUACUGUUUAUCAACAGACAAAAUCUUAUGGAAUGGAGAGCGUUUUGAAAAUUAAAGAUUUGAAAGAGGAGGAUUUCGGAAUUUUCAACUGUUCUGCAAAUAAUGGAUUGGGAGGAGAUAGCAAAUCAACUUAUUUGAAGAAAAGAAGCCUUGUUGAUCUAUUCGGUAAGUUCACAAAGAAAAUAGGAAAAUGAAUAAAUAAUCAAAAACAAAUUUCAGAUUUUAUGGUGAAAUUCGAUCAUAGCGUUGCUCUCGCAAUUAUUUGUGCCGGAUUAUUCUUGAUUUUAUUAUGUUGCUGCUUCUUCAUUUGUAAAAAUAGUUGUGUAUCGAAAAAGACGAAAUUCAUUGGUAAGUUUGACUUUCCCUAAAUCUAGUUCUAUUCUUAUUAAAAAAUGUUUUUCAGAUGAUCAAUCUGAUGUUACUGUGAAGUGUGAAGCUUUGGAUGGUCAAUAUUUCCCAGAAAUGUAUAGCUCAAGUCCAGUGGAUAAUGUACAUCUUUCAACAAAAGAUUACAUUUCAAUUCCUCAAAAUAAUCCAGAUUUGGAUUAUUUAGGCCCACCCUCAACAUUUGGGCCAGGAAGCCUUUAUCCAAAAUAUUUGAAUGGUUCAACAACUGAAUAUAUCUGUAAUCGAUAUGAUCAUUCAUAUGGAUCAUUUGGAAGUGGUCUUUCAACACCUGGUGGAAUUUCGGAUAUGUAUGGAAUUUCAAUGGGUGACAAGAUUCCUGUGAUGGAAACUCUUCAAGAAGUUGAAACACCGAAGACUUCAAAUUAUAAUUUUCUAGCAUCUCCUGAAGUUGCAAGACCAUUAAGUAGAACAUCAACUCAUGUAUGA